CCGCACCAUGUCGCCCAAGGACAAGAAGAAGGACGCGGGCAAGUUGGCCGAAAAGGACAAGGAUCCCAUGAACAAGUCCAGUGGCAAAAUCAAGAAGAAGAAGUGGUCCAAAGGGAAAGUAAGAGACAAGUUGAACAACCUUGUUUUGUUUGACAAAGCUACUUAUGACAAACUCGGCAAAGAGGUGCCAAAUUACAAGCUCAUCACACCAGCUGUGGUCUCUGAAAGACUGAAGAUUCGAGGUUCUUCAGCUAGAGCGGCACUCCAGGAACUACUCAGCAAAGAUCUAAUCAAACUAGUGUCCAAGCACAGAGCUCAGGUCACCUACACUCGAAACACCAAAGGGCGUGAUGCACCAGCUGCUGGGGUGGAUGCAUGAAAAGGUUUUCAAGUGGCUUUUAGACUCUUGUGUAUAUUCAGAA